CAGUUACCUCAGACUUUUUGUGAAUACACACAGAGACAGUGCUCUAGACACGGAGUUUGAAGACUCCUGCUCACCUUCAUGAAUGAGGGGUUGGCUUUCCCCUGGCUGAGAAGAGUCUUUGGGUUUACAGAAAUGUACUUAAGAUCUUAGAGAAAAAUGGAGGCCUAACUUAUGAGAAAAAGAAGCUGGCACUGCCACAGGUCCUCCACGUCCUGUGGAGAAAUGGUCUCAGAUGCCCUUCACCUUGGCUGGAGUAGGGGGAAGGGUGUGAUCCCCGCCCCUCACAAACACUAAAGGCAGAGAUGAAAGUGGCUGCUUUCACACAAGGGCCACUUCUGGUUUCCUUCCCCACUCAGCGCACCACUUGGGAGGGAGUUUCAGCUACUUCUCAUAAUGAAAGUGACGUUGGUUUCUCUGCCACAAGUGAAUGAGGGGCAAAGAGGGGUAUCUUCUUUGUUCCUGGAGCCUGCCCUGGAAUUAACCUUGUACUAUUCAGAAGAUCAAGAAGUGCUAAGCCUGGCAGCAGUGCAACAGCAGGGCCAGCCCUCGGUGAGGCCUCUCUCUGGCUCCCCAGUCAUGCCCUGGCAGCUCUCUGCAGCGGUAGUGUUCUUCGUGUCCCUGGCUGUGAUUGUGCAUUAUGGCAGUCAAAUAAGAGCUAAAGUGUUCCCAGAGACUGCGGACUAUCAGCCUACAACCGCAACAACAGUGCAGGCCAUAGCAAAACCUUUCCUACAACCAACUAACCAAGUACCUCCCAAAACUUCAGCAGUAAGAUCAACAGAUGGUCAUGUCACCUCUCAGAGAGCUGCCACAACCUCCAUCUCUGAACCCCCAAUCACACACACAACAAUAAGAACUCUAGUAACAACUUCCUUGGAAACUAUAAACAGUACCCCAUCUACCAGCACCACAGUCCACACCUUAGUCACAACCCCGGCCACACCCAAUAACUCACACACAGCUGCUCCAGGCACUGAGGCCUCCAUUGGCUCCAGGGCAGCGCCAGGUUCACUGCCAACCACCAUCACCCCACCAGCCCAUACAACAGGAAACAGCCCCACAACUAGGAAAACCACCCAACCCAGUAACCAGACCACCCUUCCAGCAAUGUUGUCCACCUCACCACAUAACAGCACAACUAGUCAGAAGUCUACUCAACCCAUGCACACCUCAGGAGCCACCACAGCUGCACACAAUACCACCCAAACAGCCUCACCUGCCACCAUGGCUCCUGGGCCCACUCUGGCACCUCAGCCUUCAUCAGCCAAGACCGGAAUUUAUCAAGUUCUGAAUGGAAGCAGGCUCUGUAUCAAAGCAGAGAUGGGGAUAGAGCUAACGGUUCAAGACACAGAGUCGGUUUUUUCAACUCAGAGAUACUUCAACAUCGACCCCAAUGCAACGCAGUCCUCCGGGAACUGUGGCUCUCGAAAAUCCAACCUUCUCUUGAAUUUCCAUGGUGGAUUUGUGAAUCUCACAUUUACGAAGGAUGAAAACUCCUAUUAUAUCAGUGAAAUGAGAGCCUAUUUGACAGUCUCAAAUCCAGAGAAAAUUUACCAAGGAAUGAAAAGUGCUAUGGUGAUGUUUGAGACUGUGGUUGGGCAUUCCUUCAAGUGUGUGAGUGAGCAGAGCAUCCAGCUGUCAACCCAGCUUCAACUGAAAACAAUGAAUGUCCAAUUUCAAGCCUUUGAUUUUGAAGACGACCAAUUUGGAAAUGCAGAUGAAUGCUUCAGUGACAGAAACAGGAGAGAAAUCCCUGUGGCUGUGGGCCUGAGUAUCGCAGGACUGCUUGUCGUUUUGCUAACAGCAUGCCUGGUGGCCAGAAAGAGGCCCAGUAGAGGAUAUGAACGUGUGUAAAGCCCCACCUUCUUCAAAGUGUGCAAGGUUAAGGCCUUGGGAAUUCUGGCUUCAUAUUCAGCCUGAAGUGAAGAAAUCAGUUCUUCUAGUAGCCUAUCCCACCCUCCCAAUCUUAUUAGGAAACCCAACUUUCCCCCAGGGGCCAUCUGAAGGCUAAUUAAAACGUAGCCACCACUUUCUCCUGUUGGCAUAGGGAGGCUGUGCCAUAUGGGCUUGAAUUCCAUCUUCCACACCUGGUAAUAGAGGGCUGGCUUUGAGAAUUAGGGAUAAGAAGCAGGGACAUGCUUGGGAGAGGGAGAGAGCAAAUACCCAAAGGGAGAAUUGUAGAAGGACAUUUUCAAACAGCACUGAUUUUUCUUACACAUUUUGAAGAGUCUCAAUAUCUAGUUAAAAUGUAUACAUUACUUCUUUAAAAACCAAUCCAUUUCAAAAUAGAUUCUAAAGUCAUUUAAAACUCCUGAAUUGUGCCCAAUUCCUGAUUUACUUGAAUUACAGAAUGGUGUUAAUAGACUAUUAUUUUUAAAAAGACAUUCUAUGCUAUUAUAAUGUGUUAUUAGUAAAAAAAAAAAAAAAACCUAGAUAGCUUCCCAACAUUUCAUUUUUUUUAAAUGUUUAUUUUUGAGAGAGAGUGUGCGAAACACAGAAGGUGCGGGGGUGGGGGGCAGGUGGCAGAGGAUCCAAAGUGGGCUCUGCACUGACAGCACAGAGCACAAUGUGGGGCUCGAACUCAUGAACCUUGAGAUCAUGACCUGAGGGGAAGUCGGAUGCUCAACUGAUGGAGACACUCAAGUGUCCCCCAACAUUUCAUUUUUUUAAAAUAGAAAGCACAUAUCAAAGAUCUUGCCAAACGAAAGAGGAUCCAAAUUCUUCACCUUCAUUUGUUGUCUGCCUUAACGCUUUUUUUCUCUGCUUUAUUUUCUUUGAUUCUAGUCUAUACUUGUACAUUUGUUAAUUUGGGCCACAGUAGGGAGGGGAUGCAGGCUAAGCAUCAAAAAUGAUCAGGAAUGGCAAGCAGACCAGGUAGAUCUACGCCAGAUUAUCACCCACUUUUCCUUUUAAGCAAAGCUUUACCAAGAAAAUCAUAAACCAGGAGGUUCCUGACUGGACGGGGAGGAAAAAUUCUAUCAAAUAUGGCUUGGAAUGUUACUUGUGCUUUUCUAUUACAUUGUUUAAAUGGGAGAAUCGAGGUUUUCAUUUCAGAGACAAGGGGGAGGAAUGGGCUUCUGGAUGCUUUCAACUGCUUUUCCCAACAGGUAGUUUUGUUUUUCUGUAUUUGCCAGAGGUGCCAUUCAUUGUUUUGAACAGGAAGUGUGUGAAAGUUGGCAACAGCUGUAUAACCACUGCUUACCUAGGGCAUGUACUGGCUUUCCCUGGAAGGAUUUUAGCUGUCUCCACUUUCUCAGAAGUGAGGGUGGGGAAGGCAGAGGUUCAAGAGAGCUUCAAGAGCCCCUGACGACGUUCACAGUAUCA